CGUUCAGAGCUGCCUUGAGCUUCACUUGAGCUCCAGCCUUCCCCGAGCAGCGAGCAACGACCACGAACCAUUACGAAGCACGACUCCGAAACGAUCGAUCAACUAAUACCUUUGAAAAUUCAAGAAAACAUCACUAAAUUGUCAUAAUGGAGUUCGGUAACGCUGGAGUAUUGAACGAGGAUGGUAUCCAUGUUGAUAUGGAUCGCCUGAAGAAGGGAGAGGUCAACCUGGGAACCUCGAUUAUGGCGGUUACUUUCAAGGACGGUGUCAUUCUUGGUGCGGAUUCGCGAACAACGACCGGUGCCUAUAUCGCAAACCGAGUGACAGACAAGUUGACGAGAGUACAUGACACUAUCUGGUGCUGCCGAUCUGGUUCAGCUGCCGACACACAGGCUGUUGCCGAUAUUGUUCAAUACCAGCUCGGACUCUUCGCCAUGACCAAUGGCAAGCCCCCCAUGACACAGACUGCUGCGUCAAUCUUCCAGGAGAUCUGCUACGCCAACAAGGACCGACUGUCGGCUGGUCUCAUCAUUGCUGGUUGGGAUGAGAGAUUCGGUGGCCAAGUUUACUCUAUUCCACUGGGCGGUUCCCUUCACAAGCAAUCUUAUGCUAUCGGCGGUUCAGGAUCGACUUACAUCUAUGGUUACUGUGAUGCCAACUGGCGAGAGGGCAUGGAGAAGGAUGAUGCAGUCAACUUCGUCAAGGGAGCCUUGAGGGAGGCCAUCAAGUGGGACGGUAGCUCUGGUGGUGUCAUUCGUAUGGUCGUCCUCACCAAGGACGGCGCGGACCGACACUUGUAUCUCCCUGAUACCGACUACGCCGUGCGGCACGAGUAAUCGUCCUUAUUGAACAGGACAAAGUGAGGAAAGGAGAAACGACAUAACAUGAGCAGUGCUACUAUGAAACCCGUCAUGACAAAGGGUGUGCGAACGAGGGAGAGGCCUUCCAUGGGCACCCCUAGCUGAUGCUGAGGUAAAGAAUGAAGAGCAUAUGGUCAGACUCUUCAGAGAACAGCCAACGAUAGAUGCUGGAAGCGCUGUACACUAGAUAAUGGGAACAAGAAAACCAAUACAUCGACCGACCUCAUUAGGAAACAAAUCAGGAUCCAAUAUGGGAGCGGAACGGAUAUGCAUCGGGCCGCGACCCAAGUCCAAUCCCCGCAUCAUGUGAAGCUGCGAUUAGGUUGAUAACGUGGGGUAACAUUGCUUGGUUGCAAGCCUAUGGAAUACGAGUCUACAUAAUGGUGCAAAUCAAUUCGAAACAACCCAAAUGAAUCGCUUUCCAAAGCA